GAGCACAUUUAAAAGUUCGACCUACAAGUGGAUUCUACCAUUACUUCUCUAGUCUAAAGUCUUUGAGUGCAGCGGUAAUCAUGACGCGAUUUACAGGGUAUUGUGAGAAGUGACAGUCAGAGGUUAUUAUGGGCAAGAAGAAAGCCGGCGGAGGAGGCAGCCUGGGCCGAGCCCUGAUAAAGGAGAGACUUCAGGCAGUGCGUGGAAGCAGGAGGGUCGACUCAUGGCUCCACACUAGUGAACUGAAUGAUGGCUACGACUGGGGACGGCUGAACCUGCAGUCGGUGACGGAACAGAGCUCCAUGGAUGAUUUUCUGGCCACCGCUGAACUGGCAGGAACUGAGUUUGUAGCUGAGAAACUCAACGUGAAGUUUGUGCCGGCAGAAGCCAGAACAGGCUUAAUAACAGCUGAGGAGAGAACCAGGCUGAAGAAGCUCCAUGAAGACAACAAACAUUUCCUCAGAAUUCCUCGUCGGCCUCACUGGGAUGAAAGCACAAGUCCGGAUGCGCUUCAGCAGGCAGAGAGAGACAGCUUCUUGGAAUGGAGACGAGAGCUUGCACAGCUGGAAGAAGAACAGAAGCUAAUUCUUACCCCAUUUGAGAGGAAUCUUCAAUUCUGGCGGCAGCUGUGGAGAGUCAUCGAGAGGAGUGAUGUUGUUGUUCAAAUAGUUGAUGCCAGGAAUCCACUGCUGUUCAGAUGUCCUGACCUGGAGUCGUAUGUGAAGGAGGUGUCGGAGCAUAAGGUGAACAUGCUGUUGGUGAACAAGGCAGACCUGUUGACGAGGGAGCAGAGACGAGUCUGGGCUAAACACUUUGAAAAAGACGGAGUGAGGGCAGUUUUUUGGUCUGCUCUGGCUGAGAACAACAGGCUGGAAGCGGAGGACAAGGGAAUGGAGGUGGAAGACAAAGAGUCUAGAGGGAGUGAUUCAGAAGAGGACAGGCAGACGUGUAAUGAAGACGUCAGACAAAGAGGGGAAGAUGAAGACGGAUUGAAGACGAAGGAGGAAGAGGAGGAUGAAGAGGGCGAAGAAAGUGGUGAAGAGGAAGAACAGCAGGAGGUUGCUGUGGACGAGGAGGACUGGUACACCUGCUCAGAAGACGAGGAUGAAGAAAAGGCGCAAUCUGCCGCCCCAUCCAGCAAAUCCCCCUUUUACAACUCCAGCCGGCUGCUGCGUAAGGAUGAGCUGCUGGACAUGUUCAGGGCUGUUCACAACGGGCCCCAGUGCAAAGAAGGACAACUGACCGUAGGACUGGUUGGGUAUCCUAAUGUAGGGAAGAGUUCCACCAUCAACACUAUUCUAAGGAACAAGAAGGUGUCUGUCUCUGCCACACCUGGACACACCAAGCACUUUCAGACGCUGUAUGUGGAGCCAGGACUGUGCCUCUGUGACUGCCCAGGUCUGGUCAUGCCCUCCUUUGUUUCCACCAAAGCUGAGAUGAUCUGCUCAGGGAUUCUGCCCAUUGAUCAGAUGAGGGAUCACGUCCCUGCAGUCUCUCUGGUGUGUCAGACGAUACCACGGCACGUAUUAGAAGGUACCUUCGGCAUCAUGAUAAUCCGGCCUCGCGAAGAUGAAGACCCUGACAGGCCCCCCACCUCAGAAGAGCUGCUCAUGGCUUAUGGAUACAUGAGAGGCUUCAUGACGUCUCACGGCCAGCCUGAUCAGUCCAGAUCAGCCCGGUACAUCCUAAAGGACUACGUCAGUGGCAAGCUCCUUUAUUGCCAUCCUCCUCCACAUAUUAAUGCUGAAGACUUCCAGCCACAACACAGCAAGUUUGACAAAAGGGACUCGGAUAUCUGUGACCUCUCCACAACAACAAAGAAACAGAAGGUCAAGAGAAUCGAAAAUGUGGUGGACAAGAAUUUCUUCCACCAGGAAAAUGUGCGGGCGCUGACCAAAGGGGUCCAGGCCGUCAUGGGCUACAAACCAGGCAGUGGACCUGUCGGCCCAGGGAACGCUGAGGCGGUGGUGGGGAAGCCCUGGAAAAAACACGGCAACAGAAAUAAAAAGGAGAAAGUGCGACGGCUUAACAAGCAUCUGGACGCCUGACAAAGAUUUGAAGUCUAUGAACUCGCUGCUGUUAAUUUCAGAUACAACACACGUGAUUCCAAGGGAAUCUAAGCUUUGACGUGUCUGUAUGAAUAAUGCCAUUUAAUAAACACUUCAGUUGUGUGAGUGUGGACGGGCCACGUGUUGCUCAGGAUCAAGAUCAGAUUUGUGCAAAUCAUUCCAUCAACUGUCUCGUGUGUUCCGUGCUCAGACACUGAUCCAGCAUCCAAAUGAAUCACCAUAUCCAGUUUGUACUUUGAAGCUGUUUUGACACCAUGUGGACUAUUAAUCAUAGGCUGAAUGUUGGGAUACAACAUACUGUAAUGAUUAAUGUACUUAAAAUGGAUUAUAGAUUAAAACACAUUCACAUUUA